AUGGAGGGCCUUACUCAAAAUGAGAAGAUUAUUUGGCACUCUUGGGAAUUAAAAUCACCCCGAGAUGUUGUACGAGAAGCUGCUGCAAAAGGAACACACAUAAGCUUAGCUAUCAAGUUUUUAAUGAAGAAAAAUACUUGGAAUGAACCAGUUGCUCAAGAUUGGUUUAUAGCUGAGGUAAAAGCAUGGACAGUUCAAUUAUUAAUGAGAAAGCAAAUAUUCAAAGUUCUUCACAUUUUAAAUAAAAUGAAUAUUAAUCCAGAGGAUCACCUUAUGGCAUUAGCACAAACUGCAACACAAAUUGACUAUCGGGACUUUUUAGUAGAACAUCUUCAAAAGAUCACCAAAGAUAUGAACGCAGAGAAUAUUCCAAGAUGGGAAGAUUUUCAUAGACAUUGGAAUUUAUUGAGAUAUCUCGAGAAAUCAUUUGAAGUUGAAGGCACUUUCAAACAAAAUAAAGUAUUUGGGAGUGGUGCUGAUAGAGUGUUUGUAAAUGAAACUGAAAUUAAAUCUUUAACAAUUGAAAAAAUUGAGAAGUAUCCAAGUGAUUGGAAGAACAAAAUAGCUACAGUACUCUUCUUUGAAACAUUUGAGUUUUCCCUUCUCGAUUUUUCUUCAUCAGCUCAUGCUUGGAGAUAUCUAGUUGAGAACAACAAAGCAAUGAUACUUGUUAGAUGGAUUAAUGUUCAACUGUCUGAGGUUGUUAGAGAUAUGAAUUCGCGGUACAUAUUUUUCAACAAUGAGAAUUUCGUUAAGAAACUCUUGAAUGUUGAUACAAAAGGCUUUGGCAUAGAACUGUUGGAGAAACUAGACAAGACCUUUCGUAAAUGGUCAAUAACAAGUGACAUGAUCACAUUUGUGACUGAAAGCAGUUGCUUUGCAUACACCAAAAUGUGCAUUUACGAUACUUUAUCGUCAUAUGGAAUCGUUAUAGAGGAAGAACGAAAGAACCUCUUCCAAAUAAUAGCUAGACUAGCCAGAACUCAAAAUCUUAAGAUGAUUGAUGACGUUUUCAGCGAGUCAUGUGCCACACUGACAAAUCAGGACUUUUAUUUAGAAUUGGCCAAGUUCUUUGUUAAGAACAAGUUGUAUAAGGCAUUAACGAUUUGCAUCGACAGUCAGAUGUUAGAUAUGGACUUGUCUAAUGUAGAAGAAGAGGCUAGGGAUUGCAUUGAACUCUGGCUGUUAUUUAAAAGCAUAGAGCAGACGUCGGACAGGCAGAGCCACGUGGUUCCUGUCUAUAAAACUUGCCAGCAGAUAGCUAAAAAUAAUAUAGACAGUUACAUAUUUUUAAACCCACAGUUAACCAUCGGAAUGAUUUUACUAGAAGACUCUGCCAACUUAUUCGAUAUAUUUUCAAAAGAGGAAUUCUUAGAAUUCAAAGACUUUAAACUGCCAAACAAAGGAUAUAAGCUCAAGUUGCCACACAUGCAUAAUGUUUAUAAAAAGUACUGCGAUUCGAACAAUACUUAUGAACGUAGGGAUGUCAAUGUUUAUCAAUUGCUAUCUGGAUACCGGGGCUUGGAUAUAUCUAAAAUUUUUGAAUUUCAACUAAUGAAUCUAAAUACGAGUUAUACCAUCCCUGAAAAAUCUGAUAGGCGAAGUUUGGGCAGUUUGUUAUCGAGCGAAGUGGAUAUUAGCGAGCUGCAAUCCUUAUCACAAAGAUCGAUAGAUAUGCCAGACUUUGCGAACGAGAAACUCAUGAAAAAAUAUGGUUACGAAGCGAAAUUGAGUCACGUUUAUUAUCUAAAGCAAUAUCGCCCUUGUAAUGCGAGCCAGGCGUUUGUGGCCCAACAAUACCAGAUCUAUAAUCGGCUACAAGAUAAAAGUAUUAAGAGCGCAUGUUGCGAAGCCCACGCUCUAGCACUCCAGAAUUGGGCUGACCCAGCCAUGACCGCCUGCGCCAUUUCCUUUGUGGCAAUGAUCGGUUGCAACCCUACUAGGUGUAGAGUCCACAUUUCUGCCGCAAACCUGAUCAAAGAAUACCUUAUCAGCAAUGGCUUCUCCGAAAUUGACGCCAGCAAGCAAGUAGGCGAUUAUAUGACGAAGUUGCUUCAAAGUCACGAAGAGACUGCAAAAACGAUUCUCACAUAUUUGGAGGAAAUAGCACUUAUGAAAGCGAAGAAAUCUAAGGAGACCGGCAGAGUGGACAUGUCGAUGAUUUUAUUUGAAUCUCAGACCAUGGUCAAGUUCGCGAUGCUGCACAAUUUGCCGUUACCCGAGAUGCUCCUGCGCGAGUUUGUUAAAGAGAAUUCCUGGUUCAAUUUCUUGUUAUUCGGCGAUGUCUUUAGGUAUCCGUUGAAUCUGAUGCUCCAGCUUUCACAGGAAUUUGAAAAGAAGUCGUAUGCUGAGCAUUUGAAACAUAUAAUGUUGCAUAAAAGUGUUGAAGAUGAAAAGGACCAUAAAUAUCUUCCCAGCAACGGUCAGAGGAGAUUGAUGAGAAUGAAUUCUAUUGAUAUAAGUCCAACUCAAAGUAUGGUUUUCGAGUUCCCAUCCAACUCAGUCAUGGGUCGGGAACUCUGGGAGGUGGCUGCAGCCUGUCACGGGCCCGAGGAUCCUCCAGCGGCCUUACUUAAAGCUGCCGACAUAUAUAGGGAACCCUUGCUGGUGCUAAUCGCUAGCUGCUAUGAGCCAAACGCAGUGGACGUGCUCUGGGCUCAUUGGAUACUCGCGUCAAUACAGCGUAGCGAUAACCAAGACUUACAAAGUGAGGUCGCUGGCAAACCUCCGUCUGAGCUCUUCUUAAGAUUGGCCUCGGUUUGCCUUACCGAAGGAUAUAUCACCACGUUAUAUGAGUCUACCCUCAUUUUUAUGCCGGACAAUCCCUUAGCACUCUUGACUCAGUUUCUAUAUCGCUGCAUAAAGCUUCUUAACUUCGACAAGGAAACUGAGAGCUGCCUCAAUAGAUUCCUUCAACAGUGCCAAAGAAAGUACAGUUCCGACAACAAUGGGUCUCCAUGGGACUUGUCGACUAAUAACCUACAGAAUGUAGCCGUUGAAAUUAUAAAAACAGCUCUAAAACAUAGCUUUGAUAGUGCUUAUCAUCAAAAGGAGUUUUUGAAAUGUUUGGCCGUGGCUGACUUUGGAAAGACUUUUGUUGGAAGUUGUCCUAAUUUUGCUACAAUGUUUGAAAUCAUGAAAAUUUCAAUGGAAACCUCGUACAUCAUCAAUAUCUCCAAAUUACUCGAAGACAACUCACAUUUAUACUUACUGGAGUGUCUCGAUAUGUACAAAGACAAAUCUAAUUACGACGUGGCAUUUAAAAUUGCGAAACUCGCCGGUCUACCCAUAGACGAUAUAUUAGUCACGGAAUGGCGUCGUAAAAGCGAAAAUUUCCUAAAAGAUUUGGAAAGAGAAAAUCCGCUAUGCGACGAAGAUAUAGUGAAAUUUAUCGCUGAAUGCAGUGGGGUUUUUAAAAAUACCGGUGUAACUUGCAAACAAUCCACAAUAUUCCUGCAAGAUCUCAUUCAGAAUAUUUCUCAAGUGGACCAGAUAUUCUAUGCAAACAGAAUCAUCAUGAGCUGGUUUGACGAGAAUCACGAAUAUGGAGAAAAACGAGAGCAAAUAGAACAUAAAAUGUGGGAAGCGUUCUUCCUAUCCGAAAACCAAGAUCAGAUAUUCCUGGAUAACUAUGAGAGUACCGUCCACUUCGCUCUCAACUUACAGAGAAACGCGAACGAAUCGCACAAGUUCGGAGUGGCAAAUUCGGAUCGGCCAUUUUCGAUGACGCUACACGAGAUCGAAGUGGAAUCUGAUGUUGGAAAUAUUGAAAAUGUGGUGGUUUUGGAGGAUGUGGAAAUUGAAAUUUGGCGGAAAACGAUAAACAAAUUGCUGGAAAUGAAACUGAUCGUGGAUGCAUUUCGUUUGUCGAAGCUAUUUACGGUCUCCGAUGAGUUUUUGUCUAGAUCUGUGUGCCCGGUGCAAAUUAUGAGGACAUGUCUGAAGUUAGCUGAAGGAAGUUGUUCCCCAUACGAAUUGCCACAAGAAUUUCGCUUGAUUAUAUCUUCACCCACUUUGCAAAACAAAUUGUCAGUUUCAGAAACGUCAGAAAUGAGUUUUGAAGAGCUGGUGGUAAUACAAGAGAGACAGGAUGAAGGCAGCCUUCCACACCUCGCAGUCAGAGAGGAGGCGGAUAGGCUGUCGGCACUUGACGCUCUAGCUGUUAAGUCUGGCCUUACAGUUGUCAAACAAAUUGCGAAUUACUUUCGAAUAGGUCUGCAAAUCGGUUGGGAUUACUUGUCAGUUCUGAAAUGUCAGAGCAGAGCCUUGGACUUCAUCAGCUUAGUGAGUGGAAAGUCUCGGAUGACUUUGGCCAAUCUCGUGUUCCGCACUUUUAAUGUACCCACUAAACAGAUAGCAGAAUAUCUAUGCAAAGAAAUGGUUUCCGCCGUGAUCUCCCCUCACCUCGUAAAAACGUCAAGCUUCCGUCAAAAGGAACACUUUCAAUACACGCUCUGGGGUUACAUCCUCGAUUCAGACAUGGAGAUGUUCCUGAACAUGCGUCCGGACGCCUGCAGCCAAAUCGGAAGACUGAUAUUGGACCACUUGAUAGCGUUCCAGAAGAUUUACAAAGCUAGCAAUUCUAUAAAGAUCCCGGAGAACGUUCUAGACGACAGCUGUUUCGAUGUCGAGACGUUGAUCGACGAAGAGUACCAGAAUUUGGAUGGAGACGAAAUUGAAUCGAUACUGACGGAGGAAGGAACUCUGAUGUCCGCGGAGACGGAAUCCAUGUUUUCCGUUUCCACUGUGUACACGAAUAAAAUGACGAAGGAAACCCGGAGGAAUUUGUUUGACGUCAUUACGAAAGGUAAUCUUCAUAUACGGUACGAGGUCAAGUCCAGCAUACGGAAGAUAACCAAAGGAGCGAAGUUAUCGACGAAGCAGGUGAACACAAUAUCAAUAGAACUACUGGUAGUGGCUCACGAGUGUUUCUCGUGCGCGUGCGAUACCGAGGGCGUGGCGGUCGUGCUCCGGUCCGCGCAGGCGUUGUCCGCACGUCUGCUGGCGGCGAGAUCUUGGAGGCUAAUGGGGCGAUUGUUGACGGGACUGGGCCGGUACACUGAGUGUGCUUAUAUACUGCAGGCUCUCCGCGAAAACCACCAAUUCGAAUACUUACUCGGCCAAUUCGAUUACAUGCUCGGUCAGAAGCAGGACAAAAUCGCGGAAUUCAAGCACGGCCUUCUAGACUUCCUAAAAACCCAUUGCCCCGGUGACACCGACACGUACAUCAUGGUGGCUUUGCAUUUCAAUAUGUUCGCCGAGGCCGCAAACGUUAAGCGGAAGCAGGCGUUGGAUCUGAUCGACGAUUUGGAGAAAAUGGCGACCGACGGGGUAAAGGGGAGGAGGCCGACCUGGCCCCAAAUCCACGAUAACGUACCGACGCGAAGUUUGCUCGAUACGGCCCUGAACCAUUGCACGGAUUCGGCGGAAUUGUACCUUCAAGGCGGGUGCACGGGCAGUGCGGGCGAAAUGGCGGCUUUGGCCCAACAAGUCGCUUUGCAGAUGUCUUUGUUGAACGCGUCACCGACUCGGCUCAUCCUGAAGAGGAGUACGGAACAGAUGUAUGCGCUCGUCAGCGAAUAUUUGAGCUUCAUGGAAGGCCUAGUGCUGUUGGGCAGUGGGGGCGAAACCUGGAGAGAAUUGUCUUAUCGAAGGGCCUUGAUCAAUGACCAAGCCUAUCUCAAGGACAUGGCUUUGUACCGACCGGAUAUCGCGUAUGAUUUUGUUAAUAGGUACAAAACAGAAACGAAGAAAACGCCCGCCUCCCAAUCAGCGAUGACGGAACUCCAAAGUUUGUUGAGAUGA